ACUUCAUUUACGUCACAUCGUUCGUUGUAGACUCUUGCUGCUGCUGGUCAGCAUAGAUCACAUGAAUCUGCUCUGCUCUUCUCUUAAAAACUGAUGUACUGCUGCGAAUAGAAAGAAACUUGUGGACGACUUUUCCGCAGGCUGUAAAGAACCCUUGGCAGAAUGGAACAUAUGUCACAUGCAAACCAUUUCAACCAUGGGGAUCCAACCAUGGCACCUGGAGUCACAGAAGAUCACAGCGGCCAUGUGACACCCGAUUCGGGCGAUGGAGGCCACCACAUGAUGAUGAUGCAAAUGACCUUUUACUUCGGCAUCAAAAAUGUUGAGCUACUAUUCGCUGGGCUUGUUAUCAACACACCAGGAGAGAUGGUAGGCGCCUGCAUUGGUGUUUUCCUGCUGGCUGUGUUAUACGAGGGCCUUAAGAUCGGUCGUGAGAUCCUCUUGAGAAGAAAUCAGGUGAACGUGCGUUACAACUCCAUGCCUGUCCCCGGAGCUGAUGGCACCGUACUCAUGGAGACACACAAAACAGUUGGCCAACGAAUGCUAAGUCUUGCACACAUAAUCCAGACGCUUCUGCACAUCGUCCAAGUCGUAGUCAGCUACUUUCUCAUGUUGGUGUUCAUGACCUACAAUGGUUACCUGUGCAUCGCCGUGGCACUUGGCGCAGGUUUCGGCUACUUUCUGUUCAGCUGGAGGAAGGCGAUAGUGGUGGAUAUUACAGAACACUGUCAUUAACAACUUCACAGCCGUAUAAAACUUACUGUACAAUUCAAACCUACAACACAGCAGUCAUCCACUUAAUUUAAAACUCUCAGCUUUAGUUUGAUCCAUAAAAUGACCAAUAUUUGAUUACCAUCUCGGUCACUUUGACUCCAACUUCACCUACAGCUGUGUAAUUUUAAGGUAUGUGUACACAGCCUAUGUCUACCUCUACGGUCAUAGUACACUAUCUGAAUGAAAGGUUUAUUCCGGCUCACCAUGUUCAGUUUAUCUGCUAUUCACCAAUUCAUGAAGGUGCUUUUGGGCCUUACUAAAGCCUUUGCCUUAAAUGAAGGAACACACGCACCCAGAAGGCGAAUGUAGACUCCAAAAGCCAAAAUCAGUCUGGUGAACCUGGUAAAAAAGCAUGCGUCGUGGGGUUGGGGAUGUUAUUGACAUAAUGUGUUUCUUUAUAUCACCAUUACAGCUGCUGGGAAACUCACUAAUAUUUAGGGUCCAUUGUUUAAACAUGAACGCUGGAUUAAAAUCAUUGCGUCAUUAAUAUUUGCACAGAAAAAAGAGUGAUGAUCAGAUCUGUUGUGGGACUCCGAGUUCACGGAGUUGAGUUGAACCUUGCUCCCUUUGGAGUGCUUUUAAGUAAAUAUAGCGCGGUUGAUAAAAAAUUAAAUUAUAUCGGAUGCCAGUGUCACGUUAAGAUUUCUUUUUAUAAUUUAUAAUUGUAAUGCGCUACUAGUUUAACAACAUACCGUAAGUGAAAUCUACAUGUUGUUGUUGUUUUUUUGGCAGAUCUUUUUAAUAUUUUAAAUGACAUGGUUGCAAAAUGAUGGUCCUGAGCAAAUUAUGAACUAAUAAAAUAUUAAGGUCACUACACACAGUUCCUAGGAUUCAAAAUGAGGAAUCAUUUUCUUUGAUUUAAAAGGGUGUGCCUUUUUUAUACCGAGACACAGUUAUAUUGAACUUAUUUGUUUAAAGAGUGUCUGAGUACCAAAGGCUUUCUUGCUGUGGAAAAUAGCAAACCCAUAUUUUAAUAAGCAUAAAGAAAGCCUGUUUAUUCUUUCAAAUGUCUAUAAUUUCAUAAAAAAUUAGUUUUAGUUAAAAAGAAACCUUUUUUUAUAAUUAUCCACAUCAUGUGUUUGUACAAUUUGUUAUACUGUAGCACUUGAGUUCAGGAUCAUAUUUUCUCUCGUGUAAACUGACUGAGGCAUUUCCAAUGACGAAAUGUUAGUAUUGUCAUGUAUGUAGUUUUAGAAAUACAGUACUGAAAUCAUUUAAAGUAAAUCACAAAUAAAUAUUGUAUGAUUUGAAGCACAA